GUGAACGUCAGCUCUGUUUGGUAACAGACAGUAUCAUGGUGAGCGUCGUGCAGUGUUUCAUGUCUAAGCUGCUUUCCCCACUGUGGCGCAGAGCUCAUGAGGAUGAGGAGGAGCAGGAUCUUCACUCUGAGGGUGUAGCGCAGAUCCGGCAGGUGCGGACGGGGGUCGUGACGCAUCUGUGCGCGGAUUAUGGUCUCAUAGAUCAUGCGGUGUAUUUCACAUCAGCAGUUGUGUUAGGAGGAGCCGUGCUGUGUGUGGGAGACUCGGUUCAGGCCCUGGCCGUCCGGGAAGGAGCUCAUGAACAGUGGAGGGCGCUCAGGGUGGAGCUACAGAAGGACAUGUGGGAGAGUGGAGCAUCAGAGGCACUGAAACAGGACUCUGCCAAACCCAGGCCUCUGAUUGGAACAGUGACGUCAUGUGAUCGGGACGGAGGACUUAUAAACCAGACUACGUUUUUCCCACGAUCGGCUCUCUGCGAAGGGUUCGAGCCGAUGAAGGGUGACUGGGUGCUGGCGCAGUAUGUGGUCAGUCCUGCAGAAUGUAGCAGUCAGGCUCAAGCCGUUUCUCCACUGCGCUACCGCCGCAUGGACGGGGUCAGUGUGACGAGGACACAAGGCAACAGUGGCGUCGUGGAAGACAGCGUGUUCUUCAGCCUGGAGUCUCUGAUGGUGCCGUCGGGCUUCAGACCUGCUCGCGGUGACGUGGUGAAUGUGGUGGUGUUGGAGAGCAGUCAGUCGCUCUACUGCUGGAGAGCUCUCUGCAUGACGCCCGUUCAGCACAGUCCAAACCCCUCGGAGCUGCAAAUGCCCGACGCUGAGAUCCACAGUUUGCUGGAGAAUAAGGGUGGGCUUCAGGUCAGCCAGGAAACACACUUUGGGCCUCUCCUACUGGGACACCGCAAGGAGCUGCUGAUCUGGAUCCGAAACACGGGCUCAGAUAGUCACAGGCUGAAGUGCUGUGAGUUUGCAGGAUGGGACUCAGGCCAGCAGUUCUGUCUCGGUUCUGUGUCUCUCAGCAAUGGCAAAACUCAAGACAUGCGUGGUGAAAGCAGGACAGACGGAGAAGAGGCUCAAGCCCUGCGGAUGCUGGAGAUUGAACCCGGAGAGAAGGUGUCCGUGACCAUCAGCUGUCAGGCCAAAACUCUGGGCCGCUCUGCUGAGCUGCUGCUCCUGCACUUCUCCUCGUUCACCAUCGCGAGGCGUCUGGAGGUGUCGGUGAGCUGUGCAGAGGAGAGUCUGCUCAAACCCAGCAUGCCCUACACCGCUCUAACAGCAGUGCCAGCGCAGCCGAAGCCCGUCCAGGUGCUCACGGUCACGGCUCCUCCGGCUCCCCUCAGGCUUACAAGGCGGCAUCUUCCAAACUUCUUGGGGCAGUACGCCGUGCCGCAGGCUCUCAGAGACUGUGUUGAAGCCAAGAGGGACGUGCUGGUUGUCCAGCCGGCUCUGGCAGAGCGCUUGAGUUUGUCGUCUAUGUUGCGCCGUUUCUCUGCUCUUCUGUGGUUGGAGGAGCUGGAGGCUGAGAGGGAGCUCAGAGAGUUCAGCCUCAUCGGCGCCAUCCUCAGGAAGGGAGCGGUAAACUUACACCUGGAGGUGCCAGGACUCACAGAGGGCCGGCCAAACCUCUUCAUUGGUGAUAAAGUGGUUCUGAAGAAACCCUGUAGUGGAGGAAUUGUUCUUGAGUAUAUGUCUUACAUCACAGAGAUCUCAGAAGAUGACGUGAGUUUACGCGUGAAUGCUGAUUUCCAGCACAGUUACCUCGGAGAACCUCUGGACGUGGAGUUCACCUUCAACAGGGUGACCACGAGGAGGUGCCAUUGCGCUUUGGAGCAGGUCAAACAUUUUGGCGACAACAUUUUGUUUCCCAGCAUGCUCGCACAGCAACCGCCCCUGUGGAACGGAGAGUGGGGUCCACAGGAAGAGGAAGAGCAUCUCCCAGAAGAGGUCAAAGAGAAUGGCGCAACCCAAACAAUCAAUGGCUCAUCGUCACUGACAGCGGAGAUGGUGUCUGUGGCCACACAAACUAAAACAGAUUUGACAUUGUCUGCAAAACGCAUCCCAAACCCUGGCCAGUUCUUCAACGUUCAGCUGAAUUCUGCCCAGAAAGAGGCCAUUAAACGGAUUCUGAGUGGAGAAUGUCGACCCACGCCCUACAUCUUGUUUGGGCCUCCUGGCACAGGAAAAACCAUUACACUCAUAGAAGCUAUUCUGCAGGUGCAUCACCGCAUCCCCUGCAGUCGUGUGCUGGUGUGCACCCCGUCUAACAGCGCCGCGGACCUCGUCUGCAUGCGCCUGCACCAGAGCGGACACCUGAACACGGCCAGCCUGGCUCGUGUUAACGCCACCUGCAGGCCAGAAGAGUCUAUGCCAGAGGAGUUGCGUCAGUACGCAAGAGCUGGAGAAGAUAUCCGACAUGCCAGUUUUCAUCGUAUUGUUGUCUGCACUUGUUCUAGUGCUGGAAUGUUCUACCAGAUUGGUCUGCGGGUUGGUCAUUUUACCCAUGUGUUUGUGGAUGAGUCUGGUCAGGCCACUGAACCCGAGACUCUGAUCCCUCUGGGUUUGCUGUCUGAGGCGAGUGGGCAGAUUGUGCUUGCUGGUGAUCCAAAGCAACUGGGGCCAGUGGUGAAGUCGAGACUUGCUGCUGUGUUUGGACUGGGGGUUUCUCUUCUCGAGAGGCUGAUGGGAAAUCCGCUCUACGGCUGCAGCGAGAGAGGCUACAAUCCCCUGCUGGUGACCAAGCUGGUCUAUAACUACCGCUCCCACGAGGCUCUGCUGGAGUUGCCUUCCCGACUCUUCUACGCGGGCGAGCUGUGUGUGCGCUCUCAGAGAGCUGUGGUGGAUGCUCUCUGCCACUGGAACAGACUUCCAACUAAAGGCUUCCCCUUUAUUUUUCAUGGAGUUCGGGGCACUGAGAUGAGGGAGGGCAGUAAUCCAUCAUGGUUUAAUCCCGCGGAGGCAGUGCAGGUCAUGAUGUACUGUUGCCAGCUAGCAAAGAGACUCUACAACCCCAUACCAGCUACAGACAUUGGCGUCAUCGCGCCCUAUAAAAAGCAGGUGGAGAAGAUCCGUGUGCUGCUCCACAAGGUGGGUCUGGGAGAUGUGAAGGUGGGCUCAGUGGAAGAGUUUCAGGGUCAGGAGUUCCUCAUCAUGAUCCUGUCAACGGUCCGGUCCAAUGAGUCCUUGCUGAAUGAAGAACUGCAAAACGUGCUGGGAUUUCUCUCCAACCCAAAGCGUUUCAAUGUUGCCAUUACACGAGCCAAAGCUCUCCUCAUUGUUAUCGGAAACCCACACAUUUUAAUCAAGGACCCGUGCUUCAGUGCUUUGCUGCAGUACUCGCAUGAUAACCGAGCGUUCGUGGGCUGUGACCCUCCAGUGAGUCUACGGGCCUCUUCAAGGAUUCUCCCCGAAGAAACCUAGACAUCACUCUGACCAGC